AUACAUAUAUACCGUAUGUCUAUGUAUAGAUUUGACUGCUGCACAGAUUUUCUAUAUUGAGAACAGAAAUCCAGUCCGGGUUUUCCCGCCACCUCACGCCGACGUCCAUUAAAUAUCCUGAAGUUGACUGGAGUGCAGGUCGAGUCUGGCAGAGGGCUGCCGUGCCGUGAAUGGAUUGGCAUAAGAGGGAUUUGCCUUUUAUCGGGUGCUUUAGUCUCUGUGGCAGCAUGUCAGUGUCACAGUUCACAGUUAUAUUGUGAAGACGUUAUUCACUUGUGCCUAGGGAAGAUCCAUCGAAGAGAAAUGCGGAAGGAUCGGUCGUGUCGUACAGGCGGGGAAUAUUAUUAACGUUAGCCCUUCAGACAGUGCAUCUGUCUCUCCGGUAGCCAUACAUCCAUAUGCCAACAGUGGAAAAAUGUCUGUGUGAUCUUAUUUGAAACUAGGAACAUAACCUAAAAUAUCUAAAAAGUACUGUUGUCCAGAGUCAUCUUCAUACUCUUUUCCAUGCCGGCUAUCCUGAACUCCUCCUCCCUCACCCUCACGUACUUCAGCUAUGCCUCAUAUUCCCAAAGCACCCAAGAAGUCAUCUUGUGCAUCCAAAAAGCGAAAUGUUAGAAAGGUGAAAGCUUCCACGACCAGGAGGCAAACGGUCAACUCGCUCAAAGCCAGUGGUAACAUCAAGAAGGCCAUAGACAAAAAACAAGCACUAAAAGGGGCCCAGAGGACUGUUGACAGCAAGGCCAGCAAGAGGACAGUCAAGAAUGUUUAUAGUGGUAAAGGACCCAGGCACACUCGUGGUUCUUUGAGACAAAAUGGCUUGUUGUCAAAACCUAAUGGAAAAGGAAAGACUCCAAGGAAUAGUGUCUCGAGCGUCCUACAGGAAGUUGAGUCCUUCAGGAGGGUGGUUACAAGAAGAAAGGGAGAUCAGGAGAUCAGGGAACAGGAUACCGAUACUAAAGGGUCAGAAGUUCAUGAUCCUACUGGUGAUGGACAACAAAAGGGUGCUGUUAUUCCCACUGGAGAGGGACAGAUCAUUAAUGUAAGCUCGGCGGAAACUGCGGAGGAGCACAUAGAGACUGUUGUUCACGACACUGACAAGGCAGAGGAGGAGAAGAUAAAAGCAAACACAGAAACUGUACAAAAUGAAAGCUGCCUUGCUUCUAAUGAGCAGCCAAACACAGCAUUUGUUGAGCAGCAUGACCCUCCGAGGCACGACCCUGUCAAUAACGUGGACUUUGCCUACAACAAUAAUACCUCAGGCCCAACGACUCCCUCCCCUUCACAGUCAGAUAAGCAUGUUUUAGGUCAGGUUGAGGAGGUUCCACACAUGGACUUUCCCGACAGUUCUUUUGAAACCACUCCAGAAAACUCUACAGAAGCAGGUGAGACUGUGGCCUCCCAAGUGAGUCAAUCCUCCAAUGAAUCACAAGCACUUGAAAACAUUGCAAAUGCUCCCCAGAAGGAAAAAAGUGAGCUGCAAAGCACUGCAGAUGUAGACACCAAAGAUGAAAUUGACGAUGCAGAAAUGUCGAUGAAGAAAGAGGGAGCGCUUUCUCUCCUCUCGCUGAGCACAACCAUUUACAACAGCACUCUUUGUGAAAUGGGCCAUAGGCCUCAGGUGACGGCAUUGCUCUCCAGUAGCACAGAAAGCACCCAGUCCUCGUUUGACAGCGAGUCAGAGUCGGUUUUUGAGCACAGUGCGGUAGGAAACCCUCCUCUCCAGGUUGAGGAUAUUCAGCGGCGUUUACUUCGAGUUCAAGAGAGGAGGGAGAGGAAGAAGAGAAGUCGCUGCUGCGUUUGCAUGCCUUGUCUGCGCAAGAUGAACUGUGGGGAAUGCAGGAAUUGCCUGAACAGAAAAACGGGGCAUCAGAUCUGUAAGCUCCGGAAGUGUUUUGAGCUGAGGAAAAAGCCCCUCGUGAUCUGUUCGAGAGAGGUUGAGUCAGAGGCAAACUCAGUAAAUGGCACAAGCUCAGAGCAGAUGGAAGAGACCUGUCCGACACCAAAGGAAGAGGCGCAUUACAUAUCCUUAACACACAAUGUUCCACCUGAUGUUCCCACGCCUCUCGGGCACGGCUUGUUACCAGAACCUCCUGGAAAGGAUCCCAGGACCACUGAUGUACUUCUCCCUCACACCAUCUCUCUAACCUCUCAUAAUGGUGCUGAACACAUGAAACCAAACACUGAGAGACAUGUGGAUCCUACCGAGCCACAUGCCGCAUUCCAUAGAUCUACGUAUAAGAAAAGUCACGAACCAGAGGCCGUUCAAGAACAGAUUGUUGCUCUGAAGAAGAUCAAACUGGAGGAGCAAUGGGUUGAGAUUGAUGACCAGCACUCAAAGCACUUAGAAUCUAGCGAGUGCUAUGAGGAUGCUCUAUCUACACUAGCAGCUGUGGUCUGCUUCUCCAGUACAGAUAGGAAAAGUCUAGAGAAGAGGCUUUUCGGACCUCAGGCCUCAGCCAUGCGUUUAAAAACUGAGCCGAAAGAAGAACCAUAUCAGUGUCAGAUAAAUCAAGGACUAAGUCCUGAAGAACCCCCUCAGAAUGAUAACAUUGCACUAUCGUUACCCAGUGUCCAGUCUCUGGUCCAGCAUAGGAAUAUUAGCGUUGAUCAGGCUAUAGCUAUUGAGGCCUUGACCCAACUGGCAGCUACCCCACAAACAGUGCCCUUUGAAACAGAAAACCUGAGUCAGGACACUCAGCGAGAAACAUCUACAUACUCCGCUUCAAGCAACCACGUACCUCUACGAGAGGCUAAACCGGUUUCAGACGUUUUCUCUAACAAGGUCUCGGUAAUCAGUUCAUCGUUGCACCAGACUUCUGUCAUCCGCAGCCCUCUGAACUUGCCGGACAACUUCACCCAAAGUCAAAGUCAGCGCUGUGCCUCUACCCCCAGAAAACUUUCCUUGAAGGAUCUUCUGGUGGCCAGCUCAGAAUGUGAAAAGCUAUCAUAUACCGCGGAAAACCGAAGAAACGGCCAAGCACUUUGUAAAGCUGACAGGUUAGAAGGCACUUUUAAGAAGUACAAGCAUGGAGAAGCGACUCCCAUCUCGAGAAAGAGGGACGAGGAGGAAGUUGCGGCUCAAUUGGUGCAGCUCGCGUUCAUGAUCGAAUCGAGGCAGAUGCAAGUCUCGGAAAACAGUCCCCCGAAAGGGAUGCCUACUCAGACGAUGAAAUACAAUCAUAAUUAUUUGGGGCAGCACUUGAAAAAGCAAAAGAAACCGAAAAUGACACCAGCAAAACCCAGGAUGUCGAAGAAGAAAGCUGCAGAGAUGGAGGGCAAUCAUUGUAGGAUUCCACUGGCCAAGAGGACACCCAACAAGAAGACCCCACUCAAGGCUGCGAUUCAGAAAGCCAUAUCGCAACAAAAGAUGAGGUUACAGCACAAGAGGAGUCCGUUUCUUCCACAAGCUCAGAUUGACCUGAAAAAAUACAUUGCGGAGGCUCGUCACGAGAAUAGGCAACUCUUAUACUACAACAAUUCUCUGAAAAAAGAGCAGUUGGACCUUGUAGGUUCUGGUAAGCAGAAUGGUUUUAACUUUAAAUACGAGCAUGGGGGCCAAAGUCAUUCUUUACUGCCACCGAACGGACUCUUUCACAGUCAUACAAACGACCAUCUCGGUGCUAGCCAGUGGCCGAGGGAUGAAUGUGAACAACGAAUUAUUUCUCAGGAAUCGAAAAACUACGAUGUGCUAAAUCAUGGUGCUAAACAACAACCUCAGCAAACCAUGGCCAGUGAACCCUGUCAAGACUUGCCGCAAAGCCCAGGGAUCAUGUACCGUAAAGCAAAUGGCUUAAAUUGUCAUCAGCACUUGCACACAAAUCAAAACGGAUUUUACAAAGUGGAGAAGUCUGGAGGUGUUACGGUUUUGUCCGCACCCAGUGUACAUUUGGAGAAUGGUGACGAUGCGUACGCUGGAGAGCAGACUCCCACCAAGCACACGCUCAACAACUUUUUGGAGUCUCCAAUGAGGUUUUUGGACACACCAACCAAGAAUCUCCUCAACACGCCCUCUAAACAGUCCACAGAGCUGCCCCCCUGUGACUGUGUGGAACAAAUAAUUGAGAAAGAGGAGGGUCCAUACUACACUCACCUUGGGUCUGGCCCGAAUGUAGCAGCAGUGAGAGAAAUGAUGGAGAACAGAUAUGGCGAGAAAGGCAACGCAGUCCGCGUGGAGGUUGUGGUGUAUACUGGUAAAGAGGGGAGGAGCUCGCAGGGUUGCCCAAUCGCUAAGUGGAUCAUCCGCAGAGGAAGUGAGGAAGAGAAGUUGUUGUGUCUUGUGCGGCAGCGUGCUGGUCACUGCUGUCAGAAUGCAGUGGUAGUCAUUCUCAUCCUGGCCUGGGAGGGGAUCCAACGCAGUGUGGCUGACAGCCUGUACCAGGAGCUCACACAGACUCUCUGCAAAUAUGGCUCGCCCACUAGCCGCCGCUGUGCCCUCAAUGAGGAUCGUACCUGUGCGUGUCAGGGUCUGGACCCGGAGACCUGCGGUGCGUCUUUCUCGUUUGGUUGCUCCUGGAGUAUGUACUUCAAUGGCUGCAAGUUUGCACGCAGCAAAACGCCCCGGAAGUUCAGACUGCUGGGGGACUAUCCUGAGGAGGAGGAGAAGUUGGAGAAAAACUUGCACAAUCUGGCUUCAGAUUUGGCACCUGUCUACAAGAGACUUGCUCCUCAGGCCUUUUACAACCAGGUGGAGCAGGAUCAGCUGGGGAACAACUGUCGGCUGGGCAGGAGGGAAGGUCGACCGUUCUCUGGUGUGACUGCUUGUGUGGACUUCUGUGCUCAUGCCCACAGAGACACACAUAACAUGACCAAUGGAAGCACUGUGGUAUGCACUUUAACCAAGGAGGAUAACCGUGCAGUUAGGAACAUUCCAGAGGACGAGCAGCUGCAUGUCCUGCCGCUCUAUAAGAUCUCUGACACGGAUGAGUUUGGCCAUGUUGAGGGUCAGUGGGCCAAGAUAAAGACUGGGGCACUGCAGGUCCUCUCUGCUUUCCCAAGAGAAGUGCGGCUGUUGGCUGAGCCCGUCAAGUCAGCGCGCAAGAGGAGGCUGGAGGCCAAAAGAGCCCAUGCUGAGAAACUGAGCGGCCUGGAUAGUAAGCAGGUCACCCCUGUGAAAGUUAAGAACGAGCCUCUUAAAGCAUUCAAACACACCUCUGUCGAGCAUUCACCAUGCUCAGAAAAGGAUACUCGUAAUUUAUGUUCCACCAUGCGAUUGUCUGGGGUUCCAGACAUAGGAAGCCAAUUCCCAGACUUCCACUCUACAGUCCCGUACACCCACGGCAUGUCCACGCACCCGAAGUUCCCUCAGCAUGAUCCCUCCGGAAGAACGGACCACGGCAAUGGUCCUCCUCCUCUCAGACACGGACACGAGGCCCUCGGGCAGAUGACCGAACCGCGCAGAAACCCGUAUCCGAACGACCCUGUAAGAAUGAAUCCGAAACGCUCACCCUCGUUCAAAUCCGAGCCUGAGGAGAUGCGGUGCUUCCAGGGCGGGGCAGCUCCCACCCCGCUCUCCCCGCCGAUGGCCGAGGGUCUCCACAGCCGCUUGACCUGCACGCCCGUUUCGGCACAACCCCUGACCCCAGAAGCAGAGGAGGUGUGGUCGGACAGCGAACACAAUUUCCUCGACAGGAAUAUCGGCGGCGUCGCGGUCGCUCCUUCCCACGGCUCCAUCCUGAUCGAAUGCGCUCGACGGGAGCUGCACGCUACCACUCCCAUCCUGCGUCCCGACCGCACUCAUCCCACCCGCAUCUCCCUGGUCUUCUACCAGCACAAGAGCCUGAACGCCCCGGGUCACGGCCUGCAACAGUGGGAGGCUAAAAUGGCCGAGAAGGCCAGGGAGAAAGAGGAGGCCGAGCGCCUGGGACUCAACGAUAGCUCAAAGGCGAUGGAUUCGGACACGGAGAGCGAAAACGAGACUUACGCGGAAGAGAGACGCAAGCUUCAGGUCCCUACCCGUCAAUCGCUAACCGUUUCUCGUGACGGCGUCGUCAUGUCAUCACCCUACUCCCUCACGCACGUCACCGGGCCUUACAACCGCUGGACGUGACAUUCUCCGCUUGUCUAGCUAAUGCCUUACCUCAGCUAGUUGUCAUCUUUUCACGCCCGUUUUUACGUACGCCCUUUUUUAAUUCGUGCUCUUCAUCUCAGCUUUUACGACUACCGUUUGUGGGUUUUUAACUGUGAGUUUUGGUGUGUGUCUGUGUUGAUUUUUUUUUUUAUUGUAAAGAGAUGGUGCUCAGAACAGAUGUUAUAAAACUGGUUUUAUACAUAUAGAUGAAAUUAGUGCAUAGUAAAUGUGAUUAUUUAUUCUGAUCAUUUUCAAAAACUAUUUUGUAAUUUAAUUUCUGGUCCAAGCCUGUUUACUGCAAUAGGAGUUUGUCAUCCUUUUAAAUGACGUGUGUAGUAAACACUCCGAAUUGACAUUGUGAAAUGUGAAUUCUAUUUUCAUGUCUCAGCCUUGGGUGCUCUUUUGGGCCGACAUUUGCUAGUUGCUAUUUUAUGGUGCCAUUGUAACAGUAAGGUUAAAUGACCAAUGUGGGUUAUUACAGGAACUUUCCGUUCGAUUUUUAGGGUUAUUCGUGUUGGUUUUGAAGGUACAUGUACAUUGUUUUGGCAUCCUUUAAAAAGCACUUUGUAUCUUCAGACCAACUUGACAUUUGAAGUUUCCAAUAUGCACAUUUAGUUUAUCCAUCGUUCUAGUAUCUACAGUCAGCAUGUGUUUGGUGUCGACUCAAUCAUGAUUAGAAAACUUUGCAUAUUUAAGCAAUAAUCAUGGAAGGUUUUAUGCUGCAUUUUGGUGUCUAACGUGUCUAAUUGGUCAUUUCUGGCACUUGUGUGAAAGUUUGUAUUAUUUAGUCCCAAUUUUUUUUGUAACUCCCAAAGAGGUUGAAACAUGACUUGAAAACAACUUAAUCAUUUUAUACAAUUCAAGCGUGUUAAAUUAUAUUCAAACAAAUUUACUGUAUGUUUUCACUGGUGCUUUUAAAGUGAUCCCAUGACACCUCCUGAGAUGUCAUUUCAUAUAUUUUUAUUGCUACAUGGUGCAUUUUUAUUUUCACUUUUUUUGGUGCGGAGGGUGGGGUCGAUCAGUGUCUGUGCAUUUUUGUACAAGUUUGUUCAGUUUUAUUUAGCUGCUUUGAAUGAGAAGAUCAACUUUAAAAGGAAUGACUUCGUAAUUGCUUAUGUAUCCAGAGGCCUAGUCAAGAUACUGGCUUAAAGGAGUAGUUCACUUUUAAAAAACUUUUGCUGAUAAUUUACUCACUCCCAUGUCAUCCAAGAUGUU